AUGUUCAAUAGACUGUGUUGUUAUGUGUUCAUUAGUUUUGUAUUUAUUGAAUUAUCACAAUGUCUAGUCCUCCGCGCAUACCUCUCCCAACAUGGCCUCCACGGCGAGGUGGAGUUCUCCUACAAAAACGAUAGCCUUAUAAGCAUAAGAACAAACUUAAAACCAACUCUUCAAUACCCUGAUGGAGUAUGGCGAUGGGCCAUUCACGAAUUUCCAGUAGACUAUAGACAUUUAUCCAAAGACAGAUGCUCAGAAGCUUACUUAGGUAAAGAAGUUAUUGAUCUCACAGAAGAGUUAGGUUACCUCAUUAUUCCUGGUAAAGAUCAUGCAGAAUAUGAAAGCAAACAGACGCUUACAGGUCCAAAAGGGCUUUGGGGUAAGAGUAUUUUGUUUGAGACUGCAGAAAGGGACAGAAUAAUAUGCGCAUCUAUUGUUGCCACGGAUAAAACCUAUGAGAAGAAUGCUAUAGCAAAAUUCACGUCACCUGUAGCGGGAACGUUGAACUUUAGAUGGCUUGCAGCUCGUGAGUUCGACGACUACGAUUCUUACAUCCAGGCAGACUUGUACCACACCAAGGCCGUACCGGAUAAAGGAGAAUAUACUGAACACAAAUGGAAGUUGUUCGUGACAGACAUUUUCGAUGCAGAUAAAGGAAAUUACGAAGAUAACUGUAAUGUUCUUCAGCUGGUGUUUGAUCCUGAGAAUAGCGGUGACGGUAUGAGUGUAGGAGAUUUGGACAGUAGGUUAGGCCUCAUCAAGGUGGCGAGAGACGCUAACGUAAUGAAGACCAAAACUCUGUUUAAGGAUGAAGUGAUAAACGUACUGAGGAAUGACAUGGAGGUGACUAAGAGGAGUUUGUACGUGGUGAUAUAUGAUAACAGACAUGCUGACAGUUUUCUGGCAUGUGCCAAGUUAAGACUGAUACCACCCAAAAGUACCAAAGCUCUAAUAAACAUGGACGGCAUCAGAGGUAUUGUGGAGUUCAAUCAGCGUUCCCCAUUCGAUCCGACGUGGACCAACUUCCAACUCGGGGCGGCUGACCAGGACUACGAGUCGAACCUCCGAUUCGUGAGCUCUAUCACCCAUUAUUACAUCCGGGAACUGCCACCAAGGAUCCAGGAACCUGAAGACGUGCAAAUUCUCUGCAAUACGACUGGAGCUUUAUAUAACCCCUCAGGGGUGGAUUUGAACAGUAUUCCACCACCAGGCAUGGGCACCCAAGACCAGUACCCUAUUGGAGACUUACUGGGUAAACACAAGGACCGCACGGAGUAUCUAAACCACAAGUACCUCCUGCCGGGGUUGGUGAACGAGCUCAGUGGCGCCUACUGGGAUGUCUACCUCCCUCUGCAGGGACCCCACAGUGUAGUUCACAGAGCCAUGGUGAUCCAAAGACGAAAACCAAAACAGGACGUUUGCGGCACUGUAAUGCUCUACGAGGCUGAUACCGAGUACCAAACCCGGAUGGCGUCAGCGCAAGUGGUCUUCAGAUAUCCGAUAGUGGGUCGCGUCGUCUUCCGACAGCCGCAGGACCGGCCUUGGGAGGACACUGUCAUUAUUGUUGAGAGUAUGGUGCAUGCGGACGGAGCGAACGUAAACAACUCAGCAGAUCACCGGUGGGCGAUUCACGAGCACGCCCCGGGGGCUGACUACUACAACUGGACCGCUCGUUGCCUUAGCGCCGGCCAGGUCUACCAGCCUCACUUGUUGGACAUCGACACAAGGCACCCGGAGUCCUACUGCAGGCCGGGCCUUGAGGGACUCUGUCAACUGGGAGACUUCACUACGAGACACGGUACGUUGUCAGUGGCCGGCAAGAAGGCAGACUCUGCUCGUCUGACGCGGCGCCUGUUCACGGACAGUGUGAUCGCGUUGGCGGGCAAGUACGCCAUCAUGAGGAAGUCGCUCGUCAUAUUCGACGACCACGGGCCCGUCGCCCGCGGGGAGAGAAUGGCCUGCUCUAUAGUAAAUGGGCUCCACCGUCGCAAGGCCGUCAUACGUGACUGGUUUGGAAACGGGAAUCCGGCGCCGGUGAAAGGCAGGAUAGAGAUGACACAGCAAUCAGAGUAUGACGUCACGAAUGUGCAGGUCACGCUGGACUACCUCGAUGACGUCAACAAUUACAAGAUACAUGUGGUGCCUGUGGAGCGGGACUUGGAAUUCCCUUGCGAGAGGACCACGCUUUAUGACACAUUUAAUCCUUUCCACGUCAACAAGAGUCUGAGCCCACCUCCUCUUAAAGGAACUGCAGAUCAGUACGAACUUGGAGACCUGGGCAUCAAGUACGGGAUGAUAGAGUCGCGCUCUCUCACUACUGUAUACAAUGAAACUCAAUUGUCUUUGUUUGGGCUCUACAGCAUCCUGGGUCGGUCUGUUGUACUACAUAGAAAGAACAACCGUCGCUGGGCAUGUUCAUCCAUCGAGCGCGGCUACAGCCCAUCGGAGGCGCGCGAGCUCCGCGCCAUCGCGUCCUUCCACCACCCCGGGGGCUUCGCGCGCGGCUACGUGCGCAUGACGCAGCUCAUACACAACGACGGCAGCGCCAGUGACACAAUCAUUGAAGUCAAGUUGAGGCACCCUGGUGUCAGGGAUACUAACCUAACACGUAACCACAACUGGGCAAUAUUCGUGAAUCCCGUGGGCGUGGACGCAGCGGUCUCAGUGACUAACACAAGAUGCGUCGCUGGCGGCUACAGGUGGAACCCUUACUUCACACAACUAGCGGACCCGUUAAAUCACGAUCUGUACAACCAGGAGUGCGGGGCUGACAACCCUCUGCGGUGUGAUGUCGGAGAUUUGACAGCCAGACUUGGCACUAUUAGUGUCGGCGCUGAGCGUCAGAUGUUCAUAGACAGUAAUUUCCCUCUGGAGGGGAAGGUUAGUGCCCUCGGACGGUCCAUCGUCAUCUUCGGACCCGACAGGAGUUCCGAGAGGUUCGCUUGUGCCAACAUAGAGCCUGACAAGGACAUUAUUAAGUACGUUAAUAUUAUGAAGCCUCCGAGGUUUGUGAUCGGUAUGUUCCUGGAGGAAAUACGUCGCGUGAUGGGCGUGCCCGAGUGGAUGCUGAGCGUGGACGCGCGUCGCACGCGCACUCUCCACGGGGGGACCUGCGUGCAGUUGCUGCUGCACUUCACUGGGCCACAGGCCAACAGGCUCGAGUUGGAUUUCACCAGGUUAUUGGCAUCAGGACGUCUGGACUCGCCGAGUAUACUCAUCCCAGGAUUUGUGAACACCAAACGUAAGAAGACGAUAUCGUAUCGGCACUGUGGGGUCACAGACCCCAACGAGGAGAAGAAGAACACGUACUUCUUCUCCGGGAAUGGAGCGAGUGAUCUACGACCGGAGGCUGUGGUUCCUCUUAUAACUAACUUGGAAAGGUUUUUGGAGUACCUACAUUAUAAAGAUAAAGUUUGUAUUUACAGCUGCGAUGCUGGAGGUUCAGGCAUGUUGCCAAAAGUUCAAGCCAAUCUUGAAGGGCCAUUUUUAUUUUUUGGUUCGAAGUCCUUGGAGAAGUACAAGAGGCCGGCGCUGACGUAUUUAGAUCAAGAUGAUUUGAUGCGCAUCUAUGGUGAGGCAGAGGCCAUAGUUGUCUUCAACAAUCAGGACUCGGUGCCAUUGUCCAGCCUGUAUUUUCCACGUUUGCGCAAAAUGCUCGAAGGUCAAACAACACUGGUCCUGCCUCAAGACUUUCUUGACGUUCAUCCAGAUUACAUCAGCAAUGAGACUCAGGUACUUACUCUCGAAGGUCCAUGGUCAGAGCGUGAUGCACAGAUGACGGAGACUUUCGCCCGGUUACAGGACAUCUAUGGAGCCGGCAAGGUCCUAGGUAUAUUAGGUAACUCAGUAUCCCAGAGCCAGUCCGUAGAUUACUUGGACGGUGAACCUUGGUCGAGAGUACGACGACAAGCGUUCACUAAUGACUCCAUUAGUACUCCGGAUGAGGACAAACCUCAAAAAAGACAGAGACAUGCGCUGUACAAUGCAACAGGCCCUGCUGGAAAAGCGCUCCUGUAUUCAUCGGGUUGGCCAGAACUUCGACGCAUUAAUGGAACUACCAUACGUUUGAGCACACCUGUCGGUUCACCAACCAUCAAACCAACUAGACUUUACACAAUGCUGGUCGUGCGAUUUGUCAAUACAGAGAGCAAAGAUCCCAAAGACAAGAUCACCUUGGAAUUUAGUUUCAAGCAGUCAGCUGGCUGGUGGACGGCAGUGGGUGUUGAAGUUAAAUUUAACUUGGAAACGACAGGGCUUAGUCUUACUGCGCCACCUCCAUCUGACGCACCAUCAGCAGUACUGGGUCGUUCGUACCGUUGCUCUCUGCCACUAGUGUACUCGUCUGAUGAAGCUACAUUGACGUUACCUAAUAUACACGUGCAAAUGUUUAUGGAUAGUACGGAAGCAUUUGAUGAUGCGUUUGACUGUAUUGGAUUUACUACUGUGCCCAUCUGGUCCGGUUUGUUGGCAACCUUCGUCACGCUGAUAUUCCUUGGCGUUACCAUCUCAAUGAUAAUGGACAUCAAAACCAUGGAUUGCUUCGAGAACAACCGGAGCAGGCAACUCACGAUUACAGUCACUGAAUAA